UUAGCUACUCAGCUUUUAGAGUAGAGUUUUUGCAGUCAAAUUAAGUGUAUGGAAGGGUUAAAUGAUUACAAGCCUGCAGUGGCUAUGAUUGGAUUGCAAUGCAUCUAUACUGGACUUGCUAUUUUCACUAGAGCUGCUUUGUUACAAGGAAUGAGCCCCAGGGUUUUUGUUGUCUACAGACAAGCUGCAGCCACUCUUAUCAUGGCUCCUAUCGCUUAUUUUACGAGGAGCAAUCCAUACAGGACUUCGCUGGGAUUGAGGAGCUUUUCUUUGAUAUUUGUGACUGCUCUUAUUGGAGUCACAGCCAAUCAGAAUGCCUAUUUUGAGGGCUUAUACUUGUCCUCUUCAUCAAUAACAACUGCAAUGACUAAUCUAAUUCCUGCAAUCACCUUUGUCAUGGCAGCUAUGGUUGGAUUAGAGAAAGUUAAUACAAGAAGUUUGAGAAGUAUUGCCAAGAUAAUAGGUACAUUCUUGUGUGUUGGUGGAGCAGUUUGUAUGGCAUUAAUUAAAGGUCCGAGGCUAUUAAACACACAGCUUUUGCCACCAAAAUCACUACUCUUUGGCAUGAAAGGCGGCGAAAAUUUGCAGUUGGGUUGUCUUCUUCUCUUUGUGUGCUGUUGUUGCUGGUCGUUUUGGAUGAUUAUGCAGGUCCCUAUUUCAGCAAGCUGCCCGGACCACUUGUAUUCAACACUUUGGAUGUGUUUCUUCACAACUAUCCAAUCUGCAAUAUUUACAUUUUUCGUAGAGAAUGAUUUAGAAGUAUGGCGUCUGCAUUCUUUUCUUGAAAUUGGGAGCUGUUUAUAUGCAGGAAUUGGUACUUCAGUGUCCUUUUUUGUUCAAGCAUGGUGCAUAGCACUAAGAGGUCCUCUCUUUGCUGCAAUGUUCAGCCCUCUUUGCACAGUCAUUACAACUGUCAUAGCUUCUUUGUUCCUCCAUGAAAAGUUGUAUACUGGAAGCUUAUUAGGAGCUUUUAGUGUGAUGUUUGGCCUCUAUGUUGUUCUUUGGGGGAAGGCAAAAGACCUUCAAGUCAUAAAGCAGGACAAUAUAGAUGUUCUAAGGCAUGAAAUUCAUGAUAACAGAGAAAAUAUAAGGAUGUGGAUAGAUCAACCUUCAGAGAAAAUCAGUACAAGUUGUGAAGCUGAUUUGAUAGAAUCACUUCUUCCUGCUAAAUCAACUUACGAGAAUGAGGAUGGGGCGGAUAAGUAAUUUUUGUAUUAUUUGUUUAUGCUUCCAUAUGUACAAGAGAUUUUUAGAAAAGAAUCUCUUCACUCUAUGAUGGAAUGUCAGAAAAUAAAAUAAAAUGAUAAUACGUGUGA